UAGAGAGUUAGCGUGAUGUAUGUAGAUCUUACGAGACGCAUCCCCUCUAAUGACCUGUGGGAGGGAGUAUGCGGCAGAGGGAGGUACUACAGUGCCUAUGUGAUAUAUGACUGAAAGCCGAGUGGGAUACAUCACUACGGUCUAGUGCCGACUUCGAAUAGAUGCGUAAAUUAUUUUAAACAAUCAGAUAAACACAACGGAUGCAAGAAAGAAGUCAUUUGAUGAGCGGGACCCAUCCAUCGUGUUUUCAUACGUGCGAACAUCUUUCUAAAAGAAGGAAACUAUGAUGAAUGCCGUCGCUUACGCUCGCUGUUGACGACAGACGGUCUGCUAUGGUAUACAACAUGGUUGAUUAAUUCUGACCCCCUUUUUAAAAAAACUUUCUUUUUUUAAUAAUACAGACUUUGACGAUAGACGGAGAAAUAGCCUGAGCCGUCGGACCAGGGAAGUACUUGCAUCCAUCUCGCUGAAGUUCUGCGCGCUGAAUAAGAGCGCGCGACGAGUUCAUUAUUGCCUAUUUGAAAGCAGUUAUUAUAACAAAGUGCCAUUUCUUAAUUUUUUGAACUGUCUUACAAAAUACGGGAAAACAGAAAUCAGCACGAGACGCUGAGUAAUUCAUUUUACUGUUUUUUUUAUCAUUAUUCAAAUUUGUUUUAAUAAAUAGACGGGCAGAUAUAUUGCGUCAGACGUUACCGUUGCUAUAUAUUGAACAUCUGAAGAAUACUUUGACGUCAUUGAUGCGAAAUGUUCAUAUUGGAAUUCCACUCCGCACAUAUAUAGGACUGUAUGUUACCUCAAUUACCGUGGAAGUUCCAUCAUCUUCAUUAUUUGUACCAGCACUAAAUUAGGCAUAAAGACAGUCGUUCUAAGGCUGAUCAAAGGAUUGCAUCUACAUUUUUCAAAGACAGCCCUUUAGCCAAGACUGUGACAGUAAUUGAUCCAAAGAGCGUAGCAGAGCGGGGAAAAUGACGGACGGUGCCAGGCAGAGGGGCAGCGUCCCGGUAGCCGCGGAAUCCCCGAAGACCGACGAGGGUUCCGGGACCUCCGGCGUGGCUCUGAAGAAAGAGAUCGGACUCCUCAGCGCCUGUGGGAUUAUUGUCGGUAACAUCAUCGGCUCUGGGAUCUUCGUGAGCCCCAAGGGUGUCCUGGAGAACUCGGGCUCGGUCGGCCUGGCCCUGAUCAUAUGGGUGGCCACUGGGGUCAUAACCGCUGUGGGGGCGCUGUGCUACGCCGAGCUGGGAGUCACCAUCCCCAAGUCCGGAGGAGACUACUCCUACGUCAAGGACAUCUUCGGUGGAUUGGCGGGCUUCCUACGGCUCUGGAUCGCCGUGCUGGUGAUAUACCCCACCAACCAGGCCGUGGUCGCCCUCACCUUCGCCAACUACGUGCUGCAGCCCCUCUUCCCCACCUGCCUGAGCCCGGAGAUCGGGCUCCGCCUUCUGGCCGCCCUCUGCCUGUUGGUGCUGACCUGGGUGAACUGCCACAGUGUCCGCUGGGCCACCCGUGUCCAGGACAUCUUCACCAUUGGCAAGCUGCUGGCGCUGGGCCUCAUCAUCACCAUGGGGAUCGUGCAGAUCUUCAGGGGGAGGUACUACUGGUUGGAGCCGGCCAAUGCCUUUGCGACUUUCCAGAAGUGUGACGUGGGGAUGAUUGCCCUCGCCUUCCUACAAGGCUCCUUCGCCUAUGGGGGCUGGAAUUUCCUCAACUAUGUUACAGAGGAGCUGGUGGACCCCUACAGAAACCUGCCCAGGGCAAUCUUCAUCUCCAUCCCCCUGGUGACGUUUGCGUACGUCGCCGCCAACAUCGCUUACAUCACCGCCAUGAGUCCCCGGGAGCUGCUGGCCUCCAACGCCGUCGCCGUGACAUUUGGCGAGAAGCUUCUGGGCGUGAUGUCUUGGAUUAUGCCCAUAUCUGUGGCUCUGUCCACGUUUGGUGGGGUCAACGGAUGCCUCUUCACCUCAUCCCGGCUCUUCUUCGCUGGAGCGAGGGAGGGCCACCUUCCCCGGCUGCUGGCCAUGAUCCACGUGGAUCGCUGCACCCCCAUCCCGGCUCUCCUCGUCACCUGCGUCUCCACACUCCUCAUGCUCUGCACCAGUGACAUUUACACGCUCAUCAACUACGUGGGCUUCAUCAACUACCUAUUCUAUGGGGUCACCAUUGCUGGGCAAAUCGUGCUGCGCAUCAAGAGUCCAGAUAUGCAUCGGCCAAUCAAAGUAAGCCUGGCCUGGCCGGUCAUCUACCUGCUCUUCUGGGCCUUCUUGCUUAUCUUCUCGCUGUAUUCGGAGCCGGUGGUGUGUAGCAUCGGCCUGGCCAUCAUGUUCACGGGAGUGCCUGUCUACUUCCUGGGUGUUUACUGGGAAAACAAACCCCAGUGCUUCAACAACUCUGUGGACCGGCUGACGUACAUAGGCCAGAAGCUGUGCAUGGUGGUGUACCCAGCGGAGGAGAGCGAGGGGGGCAAGACCAGCAGGGAGGCAGAACCAGAGGAAAAACAGGCCCUUAAUUCAGGAGAACUCUGAGCAUGACAGGCCUCUCCCUGACCUACUAGAGCAUCAUAAAAAUAAUAAAAAAAAAUAUAUAAAAAACUAAAAUAGUGUGAAGGCCUGCAUAUGCACACAACUCUGAGUGUACUGAGUGGUGCAGACUGCUCUCUUACACAGACUGCUCUCUUACACUCUCAGAAAAAAAAGAGUAAAAAAAAUGUACCUUUGCUGUCACUGGAGCUGCACCUUGCGGUCUGCCAAUUGUACCAUUAGCUGUAGGCAAUUGUACCUUUUAAGGUACAGAAAUGGACUCUGAGGAACAUUUCUGUACCAUUGAUUGUACAUUAAUGCUGUUUGUAUUUUUGGGAUGUUCCUCCAGAGUCCAUUUCUGUACCUUAAAAGGUAUAAUUUCAAGGGUCUUGUACCUUUAUUUCUGAGAGUAAUGGUGUACGGUAUUAAGAAAAUGGAUUGUCACAGUAUUUGUAUAUUUCAGCUCGUAAGAGCUUUGUAAUCUUCUAUUGUGCGCUGAGUUCCAGUGUUUGCUUCUAAGCACUAUGUCUUAAAGCUUCACUCUACGGGUUUUUAUAGUUUCUUUUUAACAACAAUGUUGUAUUGUAAAUUUGACACAGAAAAUAUUGUCGAGGAUAACAUCUUUAAAAUUACGUGUUCAAACCGAUGUCGGUGAAUCGAAACGUUGUGAAUGACGUUAAUGGGGCGGGUACGUGUGCAGAAACCCCCCCACCCCCCCACAUCUUCAUGCUCCACAUUGUGCUUUGCCUUCCAUAUUCCUACCUAGAUUCAAACAACUAAUGACUUUUUUCGGGCAAUUUAUUAUAAAGGUACAUUUUUCACUAAGUUGCAUGUUUUAUUGCUUUUCAUUUUCUAUUUUUAUUGUUUAAUAGAAAACUGAGGCAAAUUUGCCCAAUGAUGUGCAGAGCAAGUUGGCAGAUAGACAAAUCAAUAGAGCAUCUGACAGAAAAGAGAGCGCUAUUUAACCAUAAACAGAGCUUUAGCAGAGGACAGGAGGACUCGCCUAUUGCACUUAGUUAGUAUUUCGUGAGUAAUGGUCCUGCAGGCACACGACCUUCGCUCCUGUCUGAUCAUCACUUAUUUUUCACUUCUGACAGAAAUGCAAAAAAUGCCCCAAAUAUAGGCCACGAUGCACAGCUCUUUCAUGCUGUGCUUGCAUUGCACUAAACGUGUUGCUAAAGGUGGGUUUUCUUUCUUAACUGACAAGCCAGAAAUAAAACUCUUAUUAUAAAAGCAGUCUGCUAUCUCAGCGAAGUGAAACAAUGCACGGCUUAUGAAUGUGCUUAACUCGAGCCAGACACACGUCAGCCGUCGACUAAAUUCCUAUUUCCACCACUACAUCGGGGGAGAACUGCCAUCCCAUUGCCAAAUUGAUGAAUAAAUACCAUGCCGUCUUUCCUUGA